AGGCGCUGACAGCAGGUCGUCGACUUGUCUUGCAAAAUGCGGGUGGUUAAGAAAGUUCUAUGCGGCAUCGCCCUAGCGCACAUGGCGAAUGGGUUUUCUCUUGUUCCGGGUCAAGUCGGAUCUUCUCUCUCUUCCUCUACUGGCUUCAGCCUUUCCCCUCCGUCUCCUCUGCGCCGGACGACGAGAACAUGUUCUGUGAAGAUGAUGGCGAAGAAAGGAAAGAAAACUUCAUCCUCCGGUGCGAGCAAGGGAGGUUUUGCCAAGAACGUGAAAGGAAACGAAGCUUCCUCCGGAGCAGCACCAGCUCCUGGGGUGCAGGAGGACGUGAAGGCCUCGAAGCCGCAGAGCUCGAAGAGCGUGGAGGCUACCAAGUCCUCCCCCAGGUCCUCCCCUGCUCCCUCCUCUCCCCGUCCUCCCUCGCCCGCCGCCAUAGUUCGUCGAGAGGAGCCUCUGGACGAGAAGGUGUUACAGGAGGCUCAGGGAAUCCUCGAGGCAAACAAGAAAGACCUUCUUGGAGGAAUGGGGAACCUGCCACCGAAGACGUUUCAAACGCCGGAUGGUUCUUAUCGCUCCCUACCUGAGAACUAUCUCUACGGU